UCUCCCCUGGUUACUACAUAAACAGGGUGGAGGAGAUAUGUUGUGGUUUAAAUGUGACGAAAUUUUGCCUGGAGUGUCCUUGGCUCUCCUCUAUGUCGCCCUGUGUCUCUCUGGUAUAUUUAUCUACAUGGAGAACGAAGUGAUAGAAGACGUUGAAAACAGCUGCAAAAUUCCACUGAGUGCUCAGGAAAACAUUGAAAACUUCCGCCGUAAAAACCAUAGCGCCUUUGUAGUUGGGUACAGUGGAGAAGUGGGCCGACACCUCUUGGAGGCCCUUAAUCGGGCCAAAGUAUUCAAUAGGGUUGUUUUGAUCGGACGUCGGAUGAUAAACCUCGAUCAUAUUGGUCCUGAGUUUGAACAAAAUGUAGUUGACUUCAACCUUCUUGAAGAUUAUGCUCAUCUGUUUAAAGGACUUGAAUAUGGUUUUUGUACCCUUGGCACCUCACAUGGAUCCAUCCAGUCUGCCGAAUUUGUCCGAGUGGAUCAUGAUUAUGUACUGAAAACUGCGGAGGUUGCUAAAGCCAGUGGAUGUAAACAUUUCUCAGUUGUGUCUUCGAAUGGAGCGGAUAGGAACAGCAAUUUCUUUUACAGGCGAGCAAAGGGUCUUAUGGAAGAAACUUUGAAAGUUAUGCAUUUCCAGAGACUCUCCAUAUUUCGACCAGGCGUUCUGUUAUGCGACCGUGCAGAACAUCGGCCUGGCGAUACAAUAUUCCAGAAGAUUCUGCGACCAGUCGCAUACUUCUUCCCUACCGCUGUCACCCUCCCUGUGGAGACAGCUGCUGUUGCUAUGUUGAACAACGCAAUAACACCUACAAACAGAACAUUGGACGUCUUCGAGAACAAAGCAAUCCAUGUAGUUGCCGGUAUGGCACAGCAGUUCUGCCCACCGCAAGAACCUAAGAUUUCAGCAGAAAAGACUGCAAGCAAGAAGGAACCAGAAUCAGACCUUUGAAGAAAUGUCAGAGAAAGAAACGAAAUAUGGAAUAUUUAAAUUGUGUUUUUUUUUCAGCCCCAAGUAAAGAUAUUUCUGUACUCUAAAUCCAUUAUUGCUAACCCACAAUUUGAAACUUCAACCUUUCCAUAUGAUUUAUUUAUUUAUUUAUCUUAUUAACUUAUUUUAGUACGAAUGAGUUUAUUUAUUGUUUUGAAAUCUAUAGAUAUAUUUUUUUUUAAUUAUAUCUAAAUUUUUUAAAAAAUGAUUUUUUUUUUUAUUAUCAUUGUCCUAAAAGAAAAUAUACAAUGAAUUUAUGCCAGGAUAAAAGGUAUUGUAUAUACACACACAUAUUUGUGUGUGUGUGUGUGUGUGUGUGUGUGUGUGUGUGUGUGAAUGUAUGUAUGUGUGUGUGUGUGUGUGUGUAUAUAUAUAUAUAUAUAAUUGAAAGUAUGUGUGUCUAUGUAUAUAUGUGAUGUGCGUAAGAUCUGAUAUGUAUAUUUAUGUGUAGAGCAAUCCAUGUUACUCAGUCAUGUGUAUGUAUGUAUGUAUGUAUGUGUAUAUAUACACACACACAUAUAUAUAUAUAUAUAUAUAUAUAUAUAUGAUACAGUUUUUUCUUUAACUUGGGAUAAACGAAGAAGAAAGGUGUAAUGCCUGUUGUAGUUGCAGGCAAGCUGAUAACUGAUGUAUAAUUCUAACAGGUUUUAUCACAGUUGUAAGUCCAGCCAGUUAUCAGUGUUUUUUCAGUUAUCCUCCUAGAUAACGACCUGGCAGACAGCUUGAUUGUACACUAUAUACUCAGUCUUUUUCACUAUAUACACAGUAUAUUGUAAACCUGGCAGCCUGCUUAAUUUAUACCCUGAACACUUACAGUCUAUUUAUUCGUAAACUGUACAUGGCAGUGUGAUUGAUUACAUACUAGCAGUCUGCUAAAUUUUAAAAAUUGUUGUUUCUCCUCUCCUGCUCUGACCAGUGGUCUACUACAAAGAUGUAUUUUUGUCACUAUGCAAUCUCUUCCUGUAGAAAAAAAAAAAAAUCAUGUGAUUACAAUAAUAGGCUUUUAAUGGGAAAAAAAAAUUGAUAUUCUUUAAAAAUUAGAAAACCAACAAUGUGAUUAGUUUAAUGUAAAUGGAAGGUACAGCUAAGAUAUAUGUUAAAUUUGUUAUCCAAAUAGUGGAAUUAUUACAGGAUAUUUAAUAACACUUAUCUCUGAUGAAAAAGCAAAAAUCAUAUAUAAAUUGUUAAGGUGUAUUGUUCUUAUUUUGAAUUGCUAAGAACUCUGUAAAAAGUACUUCACAUUACAUGUUAGAAGAACAUGUAGUGUUGUUGGAUGAGUUGUGGUGGUGUAAACUUUGUACACACCCAGGAAUUGUUAAUAUUUGAAGCAGAAACCCUUUAAACACAACGAGGCCCUAAGCUAUGGGAUCCUGGGAUUUUUGGACCAGGGGUCAGCAACAAGUGGAUCAUUGAGUUGUUCUCUGUUGGCCUUGGUGCCUUUUCCAAACAUUUUCCAAAUUGAAUGUAUUUAUGGGCCAUUGAGCAGUUGAUGGCUUUAGAUAGUAUUUUCUGUCAUGAAUUGUUUUAAUUUUGCUUACAUAAGCUUGGCCAAUUGUGGAAAUAGGAAGAUAAGCAGAGAUAUUUUCAUAUGUAAAAUGAAAUAAAAAUAUCUGGACAACUAUUGGGUUGCCAGAUAAAUUUGUUCAUUUUUUUUUUAUCUUGGUACUCCAUUGUCAUGUGUCUGAAAAGAGGUGAAAUUUAUUCAAAUUUCAAAAACAAUAAAUAAAAGUUGUACAGGAAGGACAGAACUACAAAAAAUCAUGAAAUGCUAAGAUAAAAAUAUUUUGUGUGUUAAUUCAAGUGGUACUGGAAUGGAUUAAAAUAACACCCAGUUUAAAUCUCAGAAGUGAGCCAUUAGAAAAGGAAGUUACUUUUCCCUGUUGUCGAGGCUUUCUUUGGCAGUUGUUAAUAGAAAAUUAGGAAAAUAAGAGAAAAAUCUAAUAAGAAUUACUAUUUAAUUACAAUAAAAUGAUUAAAUAAUAAACUUUAAAUUAAAUUAGAUACUUUAUAAGUACAAAUCCAACACAGAAAAAAUACAUUACAAACCACAGGAAUUGAACCCCACAUGUUGUAUUCCUGGUUUCAUGUCUUUAAAGUGGCUAAUUUAAUUAAAAGUUUAUUUUAUAAUUGAAAUCAUAAGCAUUUACAUUAUCACUAACUAUUUAGUAUGAUAUAAAUGAAGUCCUAUGCACUUGUGUAACUAAUUUUGUUCUUGUAAUAACUGGGUCUAAUUUGUUAAUUCUAAUUAUUGUUAAGUUAGUUAGGUUAAUAUUUUACAUAAAUUAUAAUAAAACUAUAAUGAAUGAAGAAAGAAUUUUGAGAGCUUGUGACCCUGCUGUAACUAUGUAAUAAACAUCUGCCUGGAUCUGGCCCCAAUUUGAUGUGUUGCCAGAGUGGAAGUAUAUAAUUCACAAAAACAAAUAUACAAAGCAUCUUUGUUUUACAAAUGUUUUUUCCUCACUUUCUCAACAGUAUCACAUAAAAUAUAUAGUAAUUGAAAUGUCAGACAGUAAACAAUAGAGAGAAUGUUGUUAGUGUUGAAACAUGUAGGAUUAAUGGUUGGUCGGGAAAUUAGUCAUUCUCAUGCAAGAGUGCAGAUUUUUAUGUCUGGUUAGAACUUGUUAGUUUGGCAUUCAAACAACAUGUUGUUCUUUAUCUCUGUUAUCACUAGCUCUGCCACCUGAGGUUAAGUUAGGUCUCAAGAGAAUGUUUGGUACCAUAGAACAGUGACAGCAUAUGAAGAAUCUAUGAUUAAGAGGUUGGUAAUGUUUUCCUUCUAAUGUUUGUUCGUUGGCAUAAUAAAUUUUUGCAUUGGUUACUAAAAAGACGACUGAAUUUGUUUGAAAGUAGUUUGUUUCUCCUCACCCCCACCAUAAACCCUUUACUACCAUGUUUAUUUAUUAGAAAAUGUUCUGCUUAUGUAUUUAAUUUAAUUUUGAAAAUAAUAAUUUAGUGGAAUUGAGUAAAAUAACUAACUUCUUUAUUAUUAAUAUGGUAUUUAGAACACUACUUUAAAAAAAGUGUUUAAUUAUAAUUAUGACAGAAAACUUUAAUUUAAAUAUAAAUACUUAACUUUAAAACAAGAGGCUUUGUAUCAAAGAAUCAGAGUUGGCUUUAGGUAGGUUGAUAUAAACAGCAUUAAAUAUA